AUGUCGUCGAAGUCCAAGAGUGCAGCCGUGGUAGUAUCCCGGGACGUGGGUCCCGGGUUCAACCCAACCAGUUCUGUGUCUGAACAUGUCCACUUCGGAGAUGAUGGAGAUUCUGCCUCCGACUUGACUGAGGCAAAAUUCUCAAGGACACGAGGUGCACUCGACAGUGUGAAAGAGGUUGCGAAGCGGAAUACUGGGCUGUCACUCGUCGUUGGAUCACAGGCUUUCUUUUCCAUGAUGAAUACGGCUGUCAAGGUCCUUCAUGGUGUUGAUCCCCCGAUAACUACCCUUCAGCUGAUCUGGGUUAGGAUGGUCAUCACAUACUCAUGUUGUAUGGCAUAUAUGUAUUUUGCGAAGAUCCCAGACCCAUUCUUAGGUCCAAAGGACGUUCGUCUACUCCUUAUGUGUAGAGGAAUUGGAGGCUUCAUCGGACUCUUCGGCAUCUACUUCUCCCUCCAAUACCUCUCCCUUUCUGACGCUGUCGUCCUCACUUUCCUGGCGCCUAUGGCCACCGCCAUCGCAGGCUCAAUAUUCCUCGGCGAAAAUUUCACUAUUGGCGAAGCCUGUGCAGGAUUGAUAAGUCUUGGAGGUGUCGUCCUGAUAGCACGUCCUACACCAGUUUUUGGAAGCCACGAUUCUCCACAGACGUCGGAUCCCAGUGCAGUGACACCUGCGCAAAGGAUGCUGGCCGUUGGAAUUGCUCUCUGCGGUGUGCUAGGAUCAACGCUAGCCUGUGUGCCCCUCUUAAUUUUCAGAACUCAAUUCCUUUUUUUUUCAGACACAACAAUUCGCGCCGUUGGUAGACGAGCCCAUCCAAUGCACGCUAUGAUAUAUUUCGCCAUGACCUCUGUUAUCGUCACGACCACCUCCAUGAUUAUCACGAAGACCGAAUUCAUUGUUCCAACUAGAGUGGAAUGGCUCUCGUUGCUACUGAUGAUUGGCUUCUUCGGCUUCUUUGGCCAGAUUUUGUUGACGAUGGGCCUUCAGCGCGAGACUGCAGGACGAGGGACCAUGGCUAUCUAUACUCUGGUCGUCUUUGCGACGAUUUUCGAACGCGUCAUUUUCCACACCGUGCCCACACGCCUCUCGGUCGUUGGAACACUUUUAAUCGUUAGUUCGGCGAUGUACGUCGCCCUCACGAAGCAAAAAGAGAACGCCUCCCAAUCCGAAGGCACGCCGCCUAUUCCAGCGGUGUCCACCGAUGAGGGCAUGGAAGGUCUUCUUUCCCCGUCGGCACAUGCUCCGAAGAGGACGGAUUACGGUUCUACCUCUGGAGGACGGCACUCAUAG